AUGGCAACCCUAUGUGUGUGUCCUGUCCCCCUUUUACCUGACUUCACCUCUGUAAAUAUCCAGCAAGUCCUCGACAUGUGUUGAUCUCAUUAGUACCUGACUCCUCCUGUGGUUUACCUCUUACUGUAUAUAAUGUGGCGAUGUAGAGCUAUCAUGUAAGGAUAAUCAACGAGGGGUUAUGCGUUCACUGGAAAAUAAUGCACGAUGUGGAAGGUGUGGUUUUAGCGGAGUGGAACUAACCUUCCGUGCAUUAUUUUCAAGAGAACGCAUAGAGCCCUGAGUUGAUUAUCCCCUUUAUACCUGGGCUAUAAAUUAACAUAUUUGCCGCUAUAAAUUUAUUAAUGUGCCAGUAGAAAUGGGACAACAUCCACUAAAGUAGCUAGCAAGUUUACUAGCUAGCUAGACAGCUACAGAAGUUGCCAUGGUAACCAAACAAACAUACUUGCUAGCUUAUAAUAAUAAAUAAAUCAAGCUAACCAAACCCUCAUCCUAGCUUGAUAUUAUGAAAAUCAAAUUCAGCAAUGCCAAUAAUGUUUUCAAUUCGACUUUUGUUUUCAAAAGCAGCUCAAAAAUAGAACAUACAAGAAUAAAUGUUUUGUCAUGUUCUGUCAGCCAAUCAGCAUUCAGGGCUCGAACCACCCAGUUUAUUAACCCCUUUAUAAACUGGGUGGUUUAAGCCCUGAAUGCUGAUUGGCUGAUAGCUGUGGUAUAUCAGACCGUAUACUAUGGGUAUGACAAAACAUUUAUUUUUACUGUUCUAAUAACGUUGGUAACCAGUUUAUAAUAGUGUAAUGAAACAGGCAGGGAGCAGGUCUCGAUCCCUCAACCUUCUAGCCCGAAGUCCAGCGCGCCAUCGACUGUGCCCCAAAAGCAUGCUCACGUGGCAGAGUCGAUAUCCACGCUUAUAAACCCAGAGUUGUUACACAACUCCCUCCUUUCAAAGUGCGCGUCCCCGCGCUAGCUCACAACUCAACAUCUUACAGGAACGCGCUCACCGGCCAAGCACACGCACAUUCGUGGAUGCAAGGUGCGAUCACUUCUGACACCAAUGUAAUGAAACAGGCAGGGAGCAGGUCUCGAACCCUCAACUUUCUAGCCGAAGUCCAGCGCCCCAUCGACUGUGCAUGCUCGCGUGGCAGAGUCGAUAUCCACGCUUAUAAACCCAGGGUCGUUACAAUAGCAAUAAGGUGACAACACAUUUGCCAUGCUGAUCCUCAACAUGGGGGCCCCUCAGGGGUGCGUGCUCAGUCUCCUCCUGUACUCCCUGUUCACCCAUGACUGCAUGGCCAGGCACGACUCCAACACCAUCAUUAAGUUCGCCGACGACAGAACAGUGAUAGGCCUGAUCACCGACAACGAUGAGACAGGGAGGAGGUCAGAGACCUGGCCGUGUGGUGCCAGGAUAACAACCUCUCCCUCAACGUGCUCAAGACAAAGGAGAUGAUUGUGGACUACAGGGGAAAAAAAGAGGACUGAGCACGCCCCUAUUCUCAUCGACAGGGCUGUAGUGGAACAGGUUGAGAGCUUCAAGUUCCUUGGUGUCCACAUCACCAACAAACUAUCAUGGUCCAAACACACCAAGACAAUUCGUGAUAAGGGCACGACAAAGCAUAUUCCCCCUCAGGAGAAUGAAAAGAUUUGGCAUGGGUCCACAGAUCCUCAAAAAGUUAUACAGCUGCACCAUCGAGAGCAUCCUGACUGGUUGCAUCACCGCCUGGUAUGGCAACUGCUCGACCUCCGACCGCAAGGCACUACAGAGGGUAGUGCGUACGGCCCAGUACAUCACUGGGGCCAAGCUUCCUGCCAUCCAGGACCUCUAUACCAGGCGGUGUCAGAGGAAGGCCCUAAAAAUUAUCAAAUACUUCAGCCACCCUAGUCUGUUCUCUCUGCUACCGCACGGCAAGCUGUACCGGAGCGCCAAGUCUAGGUCCAAAAGGGUUCUUAACAGCUUCUACCCCCAAGCCAUAAGACUCCUGAACAGCUAAUCAUGGCUUCCCGGACUAUUUGCAUAACAUUGUUGGUUAUGGGCUUGUAAGUAAGCAUUUCACUGUAAUGUCUACACCUGUUGUAUUCGGCGCAUGUGGCAAAUACAAUUAGAUUUGAUUUGAUUUGAAGGCACCUCGGUUUUGUGGUAUAUGGCCAAUAUACCACGGCUAAGGGCUGUAUCCAGGCACUCCGCAUUGCGUUGUGCAUAAGAACAGCCCUUAACCGUGGGAUAUUGGCCAUAUACCACACCCCCUCGGGUCUUAUUGCUUAAUUAUCCAAGCCCUGCUGUGUUGUAAUCUCUCUCUAUCCUCUCUCCCCCUUUUACCUGACUUCACCUUUGUACGUAUUUAGCUCUUCCUAAUUUUUUAUCUGACCUCACGUGUGUAUUGAUCCCCACCUAAUUCAUCCUGAGUUGAUCUAUUAUGUAAUGUGGAUAUGUAGAUCUAUUGUAGGACUUUAGCCAAGCCUUACUGUGUCUAAUGUAAUAUCUCUACCUCUUUUCCUCUCUCUCUCUCUCUCUCUCUCUACCUGAGAUAUGUUCUUUGUGUGAUCCAAUAAACUAGAUCCUGAAUAAAGAGAAACCUCUUCUACAGGGAGUAAACAGGAUAUUGUUGAUUUGUUCCUGGUUGUUGUUGUUGAUAAUGUCUUGAGUUUGUAGUUUAUUCAUACCUUCCUAUUUAGACAGACUAGUUGCUAGGGAAACUCUAAGUUUGACUGACAUUUAGGUGGGCAUCGGAGUUGGUAAUACCAUAGAAUUAGGAAUUAGAAUACUAGAAUGGACAUGAACCUUCUUAUGAUGGGAUAAAGGUCAGCCAUUUUGAUCAGGGAGUUGGUCAACCAUGGUUUGCCACUGCUGUGAUAAUAUAUUGUGUAAAAUAAUGAAUUUGAAGAAUUUGUCUGCACUGUAUGUUUGUUAGCUAGCUAGCCAGCCAGUUUUAGAUGAAUGAUUCCAUAAAUGUGUCUAAUUAACUGCCAAUAGGCCAACAUUCCAUUCAAACAAUGCAGUCAAUCCACAGCCAUACACUGGCUGAAAUCAGUUGAUAAGAGGACUUAGACAAGUUGUAAAUGCAACAAGUACUGAUAUUGUAUCUUAUAAAACUGGUUGUUUGGAUCCUGGAUGCUGAUUGGACAAGCAGCGUUCCAAGCCGUGCUGUAUUGGCCAUCACAGGCACACUAUGCCUGCUAACAGUUCCAUCUGAAAAUGAUCAUUGCGUCUCCAUAAGAAUAUCAUGUUCAUGUUACUGUACGAAUCAUCUCUUGUAUUCAUCUACACUCGCACAUUAUUUCCACUUACUUCCAGCCUAGCAUUUAGUUUGGUACAGCGUGGGUUAAUAUAAGCCUCACUGUCUGCCCGACCUUGAAACAAUGUUCCACUUUUGAAUUUUGAUCUCUGUAAUCUUAUAAAGCUUUGAUCAAUUCAACCUGUCACUCAAAUUGCACAUCUAACUGAUGUAGUCCCCUGUAGCUCAGUUGGUAGAGCAUGGCGCUUGCAACGCCAAGGUUAUGGGAUCGUUUCCCACGGGGGACAGUGUGAAAAUGAAUGCACUCACUAACUGUAAGUCACUCUGGAUAAGAGCGUCUGGUAAAUGUAAUGUAGAAGUUUUAAACCUUUUAAAUAAACUACUCUGCCAAGUCACAUUGCCUUAACUGUGGUUUAACUUUUAAUGCUGAAUAGAUGCAAACUAUUCUCUCUCUCUCUCUCUCCUCUCUCAUCUCUCUUCGGCUCUCCCAUUCUCUCUAUCUAUCUAUCUCUUCUCGCUAUACACUUUAACUCGCACUCUCUUCCCCUUCUUCAUCUCUAUCUACUCCUCUAUCCCUCUCUCUUAUCUCUCUCUCUCUCUCUCUCUCUCUCUUCACAGUGAAUGACUUCACAGUGAUCCGUAAGAAGUUUAAGUGCCCCUACUGUAGUUUCUCUGCCAUGCACCAGUGCAUCCUGAAGAGGCACAUGCGCUCCCACACGGGCGAGAGGCCCUACCCCUGUGAGAUCUGUGGCAAGAAGUUCACCAGGAGAGAGCACAUGAAGAGACACACACUGGUGAGUACAGUGCAGUAGCAGACAGUUGCCACCGGAAUGCAGCAGUGAGCUGAGUCACACACUUGCCAUGCUGUUCGCUAUAGCACCUUCCUGGAGUCAAAUGACCUAGUGGCCUCAUGUGUGGAAUAUUAUUCAUAUUUUUCAUAAUUUCAUAAUUAAUAAACAUGAUUUUUUUUUAAAAAAAAACGCAGAAAAUCCGGUGUUACUAUGUCAAACAGUUUUAUUAUAUUUCAGUCUUCUGUGAUGGAUAUAAAGUGUAAUAUUGGGAUGUAAACUCAAAAUUGAAUACAUUUCAACUCUAUAUCUGACAUGGUACAGGUGUCUUAUUUUUUAAAGCCAAUAACCAUGUGUGUGAGGUGUAUACUUUUCUUUCAAAGUAUACUGAACGAAAAAAUAUAAACGCAACAUGCAACAAUUUAAAAGAUUUUACUGAGUUACCGUUCAUAUAAGGAAAUUAGUAAAUUGAAAUAAAUUCAUUAGGCCCUAAUCUAUGGAUUUCACAUGACUCAGCACCACCCCCCCUCAGACGAUCCCGCAGGUGAAGAAGCCGGAUGUGGAGGUCCUGGGCAGGCGUGGUUACACGUGGUCUGCGGUUGUGAGACCGGUUAAACGUACUGCCAAAUUCUCUAAAACGACGUUGGAGGCAGUUUAUGGUAGAGAAAUGAACAUCCAAUUCUCUGACAACAGCUCUGGUGGACAUUCCUGCAGUCAGCAUAACAAUUGCACGCUCCCUCAAAACUUGAGACAUCUGUGGCAUUGUGUUGUUUGACAAAACUGAAGAUUUUAAAGUGGCUUUUUAUUGUCCCCAGCACAAGGUGCACCUGUGUAAUGCUCAUGCUGUUUAAUCAGCUUCUUGAUAUCCCAUACCUGUCAGGUGGAUGGAUUAUCUUGGCUAAGGAGAAAUGCUCACUAACAGGGAUGUAAACAAAUUUGUUUCAGCUCAUGAAACAUGGGACGAACACUUUACAUUUAUAUUUUUGUUCAGUGUAGAUUUGUUUGACUACCAAGAAACACUCUGUGUGACCCUGAUUUAGCCCACUGCAGUAAUUAAGGAAGCGCCGUUAGGCCCAGGUCUAGGAUCAGUUCAUCCUCUCUUAAUACUAACUUUACGCAUGUGGGGGGGAAAUGCUAGCCCCUUCACCUUCUUUGUUCACAGAAUCAAGAUUCAAGAAUCAAGAUUUUGGCAUUUAAGAUGUUUUCUACUUACCCAGUCAGAUUAACUAGUGGAUACAAUUUGUAUGUCUGUGUGUGCAGUGUGAAGGAAGUUAGAGGUAGUUUCGCGAGCCAAUGCUAGCUAGCGUUAGCACAAGGACUGGAAGUCUACAGGUACAGUAGCAAACGCUAAAGUACCUGUAGACUUCCAGGCUCGCGAAACUGCUUAAUUGCCAGAAUCUUGCAGUAUCCCUUUAAAGGACUGGAUAUAUGAACAUAAAUCUAAAAGUAACAUUCUAGCCCUGCUCCCCCUUUUUCCUGCUCCGUCUCUUCCCUAUUGCACACACACACACACACACACACACACACACACACACACACACACACACACACACACACAAUCUGGAGAGGCCACAGAAAUUAAUAUCUGUGGUUAGAGGCAGAUGAAAGCUAGAGCAGAGCAGGAUGUACUAGCACUCAGCUGCUGUUCUGUGCUGUGCUCUGGGGAGAGGAGUUCAGAGAGCAGAGAAACAUCCACUAUCAGACUACAGGCCAGCCCAGCAGGAGUCAGGAAGAGACGAGAGGGGAAGAGGGGGGAGGGUUAAUUAAGGAAUAUGACUGGGCUUAGCUUUGAGUUCUCAUGAUAUUGCAAUGCCAGAGAAUGCCGUCUAGAGAGUCUUCGGCCAACAUCUGUGCUGAUAUGUGUGUAUCUCUCCUCCAGGUCCACAGUAAAGAUAAGAAGUAUGUGUGUAAGGUCUGCAGCCGGGUCUUCAUGUCGGCAGCCAGCGUCGGAAUCAAACAUGGCUCUCGUCGCCAUGGUGUCUGUGUUGACUGUUCUGGGCGGGGCAUGGACCACAACGGGGAAGCAGGCGGAGACAUGUCCCCCGAGGACGAGCUGUAUCCCGGCGACCACCGUUUCCACGACGACCAGGUGGAGUGCGAAGGCGACGGAGAGGGGGAGGAAGAGAUGAUGACGGAAGGGGAUGGAGAGAUGAUGGGAGAGGGGGAUGAGGAGGGAGGAAAGUGGAAGGAUGACUCAGGGAUGAUGACGGAGGGGGACGGAGCGAUGGAUAAUGACAAGGAGGAGAGCGACUCCUCUGCGCCAGAGGGGGAGCAGCACAACGGGGGAGAGAAGGAUUUCAGCUGGAUCUCUUAG